AUGACAGCGCCGAUCCUCAUCCGUGUCCUACCGGGCCUGGUCACACACAACCACCGAGAUUUGUUGUACCGAUGGUUUAUACUGGCAUUUACCUUUCUGUGUUAUACAAGUUACCACCUCUCCAGGAAGCCAAUCAGUGUGGUUAAGAGUGUGCUCCACCGAGACAACUGCAGUACCGUCAAACACAGCCAGUCCAUCAACACAUCCAAUGAGUACUGGUGUGACUGGCCUCCAUUCAAUGGAUCCAACGGCCUUGACCUGCUUGGAGCCCUGGAUCUCUGUUACCUCAUCUCAUACGCAGUGGCCAUGUUUUUAAGUGGCCACAUUGCAGACAGGAUGAACCUGAGGUACUACCUGUCAGCUGGAAUGAUUCUCAGUGCUAUUUUCACGAUUGCUUUUGGCCUGGGAUACUUCUUUGAUGUUCACACCUUUUCAUUUUAUGUGAUAAUACAGGUGAUAGGAGGCGUAUUUCAAGCCACUGGUUGGCCAGGAGUAGUUGCCUGUGUUGGCAACUGGUUUGGGAAAGGGAAACGUGGUUUGAUCAUGGGGAUAUGGAAUGCUCACACCAGCGUGGGGAACAUCCUUGGCUCUUUCAUCGCUGGAGCUUUUGUAGAAGACAACUGGGGUCUGUCCUUUGUGGUGCCUGGCAUUUUUAUUGGAGUUGUCGGCAUUCUAGUGUUUCUUUUCUUGGUGCCACAUCCUCAAGAUGUGAACUGUAAGCUCCCUGAUCAUUCAGACAGUAGGAAAGUCAACAUUGUCUCACGUAAUGUGGAUACAGAGGCAGACACGGAGGAAGAGAGAGUCAUACGCCUUGGAGAAGAUACGGCCUUGAUUUCCAAACAUAGGCAUGUCAGUUCCAAGGAGAAACCCAUUUCCAUCCUGAAAGCCUUAACCAUCCCUGGCGUCAUUGAGUUUUCUUUGUGCUUGUUUUUUGCCAAAUUGGUCUCUUACACAUUUCUCUACUGGCUGCCAAAAUACCUGAGCCAGUCAGUGAAUGCCACACAGGCAGCCUAUGUUUCAACCAUUUUUGACGUCGGUGGAAUUCUGGGUGGCAUUUUGGCAGGAUACAUCUCGGACAAGUACCGCAUGCGAGGCACAACAUGCAUCAUCUUCUUGGUGCUCGUAGCCCCGUUGCUGUUUCUGUACAAUGAGUAUGGCACUAGCAUUCCAUUCUGGGCCAACUGUCUUUUGCUGGCAGUUUGUGGAGUCGGGGUCAAUGGACCAUAUGCGCUAAUCACUACGGCAGUCAGCGCUGACCUGGGAACACAUAAAACUGUCCGCGGAAAUGCCAAGGCUCUUGGCAUGGUGACGGCUAUUAUUGAUGGGACAGGAAGUAUCGGUGCUGCUAUUGGACCUCUUCUGACAGGAGUGAUCUCAAGCAGCAGUCCCAAGGAGGGCUGGAAGUAUGUCUUCUACAUGCUGAUCGCUGCAGACUUUGUUGCUGCCCUGUUUCUGGGGCGAGUAAUGAAGAAGGAGAUACAGAAUCGAAUUCGUGGAGUAGACGAGGAUGACAUAACUGUGAUCAUACCAAAAUCUCCAGAGGAAAGCUGA